AUUUCAUACCAUUCAAGAUGCUGCUGGUGAUCGUGUAUAUCUGCUCUGCGUACGGUCGAGCGCUACCGGGUCGUCCGCAACAGCUACAGAAUGAGUCACUUGUCGACAAUACAAAUAACGCUGAACAUACGACCAUGACGGACUCUGUGUCCGUUCUAAAGAUUGACGGCCGAAGAUAUAUAGAAAAUACGCAGCCGACCGCGGCCGUCCACCACCAGACUAACCCGCCCACGAGAUAUGUACCACUGUUGCCGACGCGCGCAGCACUGUAUGUCGACGACUUCUUCCUGCCGUACAUGGGAGCCUCCGAGGGCUCCUCUAAGGGCGACUGGGUUUUGAACGAUAAAGACUCGGACAUUGCAUGGUCGAUUAUGCCGUGGAAGAACUGGGGGGCUACUAACAGCGGACCCCCAGACACGCUGCAUAGAUGGUGCGGUAACUUCCACGAUAGAUUCAAUGGCGAGGUAGUGUGUGGGUACCGAUUGAACCAGAGCACGUGGAAAUACGUGUUCAAGACGUUCAAUAAUUGGUGCGAUAUGGAAAAGGAAAACAAACUGAAUUAUUGGGAGCGUAUGUAUGAACCCUGA